CUAGCGCAGUAUAGAAAGAAUUGCUCAUGUGAUUAUCCGGAGAACUUUAAAUAAGUCUGGAACUAAAAAUAACCUGAACAUUCCCCCAAAUACUCGUAAGCUAAGAUUUUGAAACGAACUACCUACAUUUCGUCACUGUUUUAUCGAGACAUUUUGUUGAAAGUUUCAGUGACAUGUCAGUGAAAACUCAGAAUUUCGAGUGAGUUCAGGUUACUGUGGACUCAGUGACAGCAAUCAAUUCAACAUGAGUACAGGUGAAACUGUGAGAGGUCUUGUGGCCGAUAUUGGAGUUAAGUUAAUAUGUCUCGCGGUGCUAGCAGGCCAGUCGGCUUUCCUAGAUCACGUCCUCAUCCAUUAUGGACAGGGAACAGGAUUCAAGCGAGGUUACGAAUGGAUCAUCAUCGAUGUUAUCGUGUUUGUCUUCUGGUUAUCGGCUUUCAUGGCUUCCCGCCGUCAGGCUGGGCAACCCAUCUACCCUCUCCCUAAAACCAAGCAGGACCUAUUCUACGAGUUCCCGUUCGCCUACUCCUGCUGGCUCGUCUAUGCCUGCGUCUUUGUGGCUAAGGUCAUCCGCAUCAUACAUAACAUCGACGUAACAGGAAUCCACGAGGGAAUCUUCAGCCCCAUUGUCUUGAAGAUAGCCGUCUCCCUGUCGUCCAUUUUGUUCCUCCUGCUGGCUUACAGCCACCACGAAGGGGUGGAGAAACAAGAGUACAAACUUCAGGUGCAGAAGCUUGGCACCAUGGCCAGCCUAGCCAUGCUGGACAGCGCUGAUCUCCUCGACAUGAUCGUGACAGGGGAUCAGGAACAUAUCCUACCGUAUCACGUCCGUGCUGCCAUCGUUGCCUUCGGUUGCAUCUGCUUCAUCAUCCCGACGAUCCCGCUCUUCGCUCUCCGCUUCCUGGCGUCCAAACAGCCCCGCUACCCCAGUCAACCGAAGCCUAAGAAUAAGAAGAAAGGUAACAAGGACCGCAGAGACUCGGAGGAGCAAGACAGCCACUGGGAGGGUGCAUUUCUCCUGAAGUCCGUGCUCUUCUUGCUUCUUGUGGAUAUCCCAUUCUUUGCCAUCCGCUUCCACCUCUGGCUGCAGAAGGGCAUGACGGCAAGUGUGUUCCUCACCAAGAAUCUCUUGAUGUUGGUCCGAGCACUUCUAGACCUUGUCAGUGAGGUGCCCCAAUGUACAAGGAAUGUUAAGAGAGAUCGGCCUCUGCUGGAAUUAGGCAUGGUGGUCCGUAUCAACAAAGACUGAUCGAGCAAAAAAUGCCUUUUGCCACUCAAUUUUUUUCUUCUGUCAAAAGCAUGAUCAAGGAACCCUUAUCAACGUUGCACUCGCGACGUUCUCUGGGAAAAUUGGUGCAAACUAUUAUGACUCUUUUAAAAUAACAUCAGUCAUUCAUAUUCCACGAUAAUUUGCAUUUUGAUCAAAAUCUAGCUCAGUCUUAAGUUUUAUUCAACUGAAUUACUUUAAAAUGCUGUUUAGUGGACUUCUAAUUCUCGCACAGUACCAUGUAAACCUGUUCAUUAACGGAAACUGAAAAGGAAAUAGGGGAUUCUUGAGGUACAAAGUCGCAGUUUCUGGAAUAAGUACGCCUGUCAUUGAGCUUAUUAACCGAAUGGUGACCACACUGCUCCCAAUUCUAUGUAAAUCUAUUGACCUGAGACAACGCAGUUAAUCUGGAGGGAUGUAGUUAAUUUUAAGUAUGAGCGACCUAACGAGAUGCUUUCAGAGCUCUCAGCUUGAUACAGACUUACCUCGCAUCAUGGAUGAAUAAGAACUUGUGCUUUGAUACCAGCAAAUUGUAUAACGUUAAUAUGGAUCAACAUAUAACCAUUUAUUUACUUAAUAUGGCGAAAAAUGGCGGGUCAACCGUUCAACAGUUCUUGCAACCUUUAACUUUUGUAGAUAACAAAUAAUGAUAUAAACUGCAGUGAGCAUAUUAUCCACAUAAUUCUCAAAAUUAGAAACUAAAAUAAUUGAAAAUAUACUUUCUAUAUAUGCUUUGUACAUUAAAAUCUUUUUAGUCUUGAAAAUUACGCUGUGUAUUUAAAGACCGCGUCUUUGGGUACACAAAAAUGUGCAGGGAACAGAAAGAUGAGUCAGUUUUGUGUUAAAAGGCUAAACAUAAAACUAUAGGGGUGAAAAGGGAGUAGGAUAUCGCAGAGUAUCAGAAAAGAUUGCCGAAAAUCUAUGAUGAUUACAGGCUUAUUAGCAAAUCGUUGGGCCAUAGUUCUUCACUCAUGACGGGUCGCUCGUGACACAGCGGAUUAAAUCUCAGCUGUGUUCAGCGUACGAAAGGUCUUUCCACGGAUAUCGAGUAUAUCCUGGAGGCAAAUUAAGAACAGCAGAAAUCUAGGGGAAACUAAGGCAGGCCGUUAGCGUACAGAUUUAGUAAGUUUUGGAAUGAGUCACCAUUUACAAUUACUUGACAUGUUUUAUCUAGAGCGUCGUAGAUGCAAGACAGGGUCAAAGGUGAAUAGUUUUUAUUUCAUAUCCAGUCAAAUUAAAGACUGACAGGUGUUUACCCCACCACUUAUCCAACGUCAGUUAUUAUAUUCAGGUGUGGGACGGGGGUUACAAUAGAGUUUAAGAUCUCGGGGAAACUGUGAAUCCAUUCAAAUCCCUUUUUUUUGGAAUUAUUUUGUUGUUUAGUCCAUUCCGCUCCUUUACCAAACACUGAGGAUCCAAGACAGCCCUCACCCCCUUCCGUCCUCUGUGGGGGCUUUCGGCAAUAUCAUAUCUUGGCACGGGGGAGCACGGGUUCGGAUCUUUCGAUUAAUUACUUCCGACCGGUCGACCGGAAGAGUCUGUUUGAAGGUCUUCGUAUCUGCGCGGCUUAGUUUAGAAUUUGACGGUAGCUUUGCAUUUCGCAUGUUUGUGUUCUUUUGGCAGUGUUACCCUAAAUAAUAUGGGCUUUAAAGUGAGACAACGAACAGGCAUGAUUAAGCCGAGAAGCCGCUCCUAAUUUGUACAGCGGUGAAAAAUGGCAAUAAGUGGCCCAAAAAAAGAGCUGAGGUCAAAUUUUAAAAGGGAAAGAUAAAAUAUAAGUCUUUCGCUCAAUUCCAGUGGGGUCACAUGGUUUCAAAUAGGUCUUCGACAUCUUUUUGAACGAGAAAACGGAAAAGGUUUACUUUUUAUGUACAACAAAUGCAUUUACAUGUAUUCCACACAGCACACGUCAUGCAUUGAACAUGGAAGUAUUUUACAAUAAAUAAUUUACAACUUCAGCUUGACAAAAUGACAUGUACAAUCAUGCAUACAGUCUUAUAGCACAAAAUAUACAAAACAUCAUCAUGAAAAGUACCAAGUUGAUGAACACAAAAAUGCCU